UUUUCGACAUCGACAAUCGACAUACAUAUGUGCUGUCCACUCUAGUGUUUUGCGUUAAUUCGAGCCGUAAAAUGUUACCGAGACGCAAAUGCAGUUUCCUGUGAGAUGUCGUGCUUAAUGAAUCAUGAUUGAUAUGAUCAAUCGGUCUUAGUCCCCAAGUUUGCCAGUUUGUGAAGUCAGUAUGUAACUUUUCAAGUGGCUAGCCCACCUUUCAUCAUGACGAGAUUGUGUAUACAACAUAAUUUCUCCUAUAAAUCAACGUGUACAGAUUCUUAAUUAUUGCCUCUAGCCUAGUUCAUCAAAAUUUUAGUAUUUUGACAUGCACAUCCUCCAAAUCACCAUUUGCUCUAACGCUCAAAGUAAUCACAUCUUUACCAUUCCAAAGUGUGCCCAUUAUGGCUUGUGUGCUUGAUUUUCUCACUGUUUGCUGAGUAAUCUCUUCCAAAAUGUCUUGUUUUCCUCCAAACAAUGUCAAGUACAAAUGGCAAGAUCAUUUGAAGAGUAUAUGGGCUCAUGAGAAGCUGGAAAACGCCGCAACGCGAGAUGGCGUCCAGCUUUUGUAUGACAGACUCCUAGAAAAUAGGGAACUAACCAUUGCUCAGCCAUCGUCCUCUCUAACCGUGCAGAACCCAUGCCCCUCUUACUUGACUGAUUACUUCCUAGAUGUUGAUCUAGAACAGCACCUUAUAAACCUGCUACAAAAUCAGUUGAAGCUUGCCAACAAUUUUAUUUCGGAAUCUUCCUAUUUUAUCAUUUUACGACAGCGUCUCACUGUAAUUGAGAGGAUAAUUCAUGCGUUUGUCAGCAAAUACCAUAUCAAAGAAAAGGUAAAAUUAGCCACGACCACUUCUGAUCUAGCCGCAGAUCAUGCAGAGAAUGGGGAAGGUUCUGAGCGAGCAAUCAAUGGUUCACAAGCCCUCUUGAAAAUGGGAGUCAAAACUGGCCUUACUCUUCUUUUUGCUCUUUUAAAGCAGAGUUGGGAGCGGGAUUCCCCAUCAAAUGAUACGAGUUUAACACAGCAAGUGUUGGUAUCUGCACUCUGUGUUGUGCAAGGGCUCCCUCCUCUAUCCCUCGCAAACGAGACUCAAAUAUCAGGUUUAGGUGUCGAAAGUUUAAAUGAAAUCAGCCACUUCCUUCAACAGACAGCCUCCUUGAGCUCAGGCGCAGGAAAAGAAGUUCAACGAUUGGCAGCAGAGCUGAGUUUAGGAAUAGCGAUUCAAAGAGGCUCUCUUCGAUAUUUGUUGGAAUGGAUUCAGAUGGCGAUGAAAAAUGAAGAAGGUGUCAUUUCUGCUGAAUCUUUCACGCAGAUGGUCAGCCAAAUGAGAAUCAGCAUCAACGAAGAAUCUUGUCAAUUUGAGGAGAAUUUAUCAACCACUGAACUGAUAUCAUUGUACGAUGCCGCCAUUAUUCUUAUGAAGGAUCUGGUCAAUUCUGCAUGUGAAUACACUCAUUCAUGGCUUGGAAGAAAUAUGGUUCCGUACGGUUGUGGUCUGCCGUCAGAUGAGCAAGCUCCGUCCGUUUUGCAAGAUAAAUGUCAGGUGUAUGUAUGGGGUAGCAAUUCAUCUCAUCAGCUCACUGAGGAUGUUCAGGAAAAAUUAUUAGUGCCAAAAUUAGCGCUCUCUCUCACGAAUGUGCAACAAGUUGAAGCUGGUCAAUACUGCACUUUUUUCAUUCAUACAAAUGGAACUGUUAGCGCUUGUGGGAAAGGUAGUUAUGGACGCCUGGGUCUUGGAGAUUCGAGCAAUCAGCAGACCCCCAAAAAGCUGCCUAUAGAGGCUAGAAUAAAGAAAGUUUCCACAUCGAAAGGAAGUGAUGGCCAUUCUUUAGCACUAUCAGAAGAUGGUCAAGUUUACAGCUGGGGAGAUGGUGAUUAUGGAAAAUUAGGACAUGGUGGGACAUCAACUCAGAAACAACCUAAACUCAUCACAGGAGUCUUGAGUGGAAAAAAAGUAGUUUGCAUUCAUGUCGGUUACAGGCAUAGCGCAGCUGUUACUAGCACAGGGGAGUUGUACACAUGGGGUGAAGGUGAACAUGGGAGAUUAGGCCUAGGAGAUUCAAACAGUCGCCCUGUUCCCACUUUGGUUCAUGAUAUUGGUGGUGUCGGAUCCGUUGCAUGUGGCUCUGCUCAUACUCUCGCUCUCUCCAUCGAUGGGAAAACCCUUUGGUCCUUUGGCUCUGGUGACUACGGUAAAUUAGGCCAUGGGGACUCUGCCAAAAUAUACCGACCUAAAGUGAUCGAAGCCCUUCAAGGAAUGUACAUUCGAAAAAUUUGUGCUGGCAGUCAGUUCUCCAUGGCACUCACCUCAAAUGGCCAAGUUUUGGUUUGGGGUGGUGGACCAUGUCUUGGGUCAGGUGCGGCAGACACAGUUUUUUCCGCUCCAAAAUUACUUGAUGACCUGUCUAACACUCGGAUUGUUGACAUAUCUGCUGGAGAUUCUCAUUGCUUGGCACUUUCACACAACUGUGAUGUAUAUGCAUGGGGCAACAAUUCGAUGGGUCAAUGUGGCCAGGGUCACUCAACAAGUCCAGUUGUAAGACCGCGAAAAGUGAUUGGCUUGGACGGAGUCAGAACUCAUCAGAUUUCUGCUGGAACAAAUCAUAGCAUAGUUUGGACUGCAUUACCAACGGAGCGACAAGUCAUAACAUGGCAUCGACCAUUCUGUGUGGACCUUGAAGAGCCCAUGUUCUUCCUGAUUAGAAAUUUCCUCCAGAAAUUCUGCUGCGAAGAAAAGAACAGCGAUACGUUAACACUAAGCCGAAAACACGAAGAGUUUGUGAUUCUCUGUCUAAGACUUUUGUCUGCUCAUUUGUCUCUUGCCUAUGGUGACUCUGCGUCUUCGUCUGUUCUGGGGUCGGAAGCUGCACCAUUGCGUCACUUGUUGUUCAAAUUAGUCGAUCUCCCUUUGCCUGCAUGUGUUGAGACUGCUGUUACGGAGUGCCUGGCAGUUGGAGCUCCCCUGUUGCUGCCACCAUUGCGUGAACGCUUAGAACUCUUACAGUCUCUCCUUCCGCAAAACUUAAAUUUAAUCAAAGGACAGCAAAUGCUCCUAAGUAUCAUUGUCUCUAGUCUCAAAGAACACUCACAUAUUGCAACAAUUUUGGGAUAUGCUUCGACCAGCCCAUUGUCUGACUCUGAUAUGCAAUUGAUUCAAAAUCUAAUUGACACACUUAUCAAGAAUCUUAGUUACCAAACUUUGCAACUCAUCGAGGAUGAGAGUCUAAAGUCAGACGAAAACCAAGCUGUUACCCUGCCGAAGUGUUCCCAACACCUGUAUGAUCUAAUGUGUUCAAUCAACAUGCACAUCUUAGCCGAUUGUAUAGCAAAUUUUAGUUCAAAUUCGCAAAGUUUAUUACUCUUACGUCACCAUAUAUCAAUCCUGUUUCCCUCCAUAGUGGAGGUCUUGAAUAAAGCUGUGUCUGUGAUUUCCAAAUAUCCACGGUUGUCAUGUGUUCUUCACAGUAUUAUCUUAAAUUCAAUUGCUGGGUCCAUGCUAUCAACCAUUGUACAUAGUUUAUUGAUAAUGCCGAUUUCUUCAAUUCAGAUAUUUUUACCAAACCUACUUGAGAUUUUGCCUGUGUAUGAUCAGUUGAACAGAGUUUUACCUUCAAAUUCGGACAAUUCUUCAGAAACUGCUCCAACCGAUGAAAGCACCUCAGUAGAUGAUUCGUGGACUUGGGCUGUUGAUCUAGAGCGAUCUCUUGCACUUCUAAUUGGGCGGUGUCUGAAUCACUUGCUUAGUGGACAGCCACUGACAUAUGCGGAGGAAGCUACUUAUCGAUGGCUAAAUAAUACAAUGUUAUUUAGUAAUGGUUUAGUGGAGCUAGAUGAAUCAGUCGACAUCACAAGAAAUUCUGAAAAUUUUAGUUUCUCGCUUUGUUAUUUAAUUCAAAAUAAAGAUAAAGCCAAGCAAGAGUCAGAAGUCCUAAUGAAAUUGCUGUCUGUCUGCGACUCUCCUUUUAUUGAAGCUGUUAAAUCAAUCAUCUUUUCACAUAGCACCAAACAUGACCUCUCUGCCUCAAGUUUUAAUUAUUUACACGAGUCAAUCGUCAGCAACCUAGUCGAAUAUGCAGUAAAAAAUGACUACGAUUACAAUACAGACAACAAUCUUCUAGAUUUAAUUUCAAAACUAGUCGUUUUGGUCCUGAUGAAAAUUAAUGAUCUCACAGAUUUGGACCGUGUUCCCAGUGGAAUGAAUGAUGAAAUCUUUCAAGCUGUCUUCAAAUUGCGAGGCAAGUUACUGUCUUCCAGUACAGAAUUAGAAGUUGUCUCUCAUGAGCCGGAAGAGCCAGACAGCGAUCGAGAAGACCCUCACGAUGAAGUAAAUCUACACCAAGGUGUUAUCGAACCACCUCCGAUUGAAUCAUCAACAUAUACUUUCUUUGCUGAGAAACAGUUCGUAGACCGUUGCAGUACAAUUUUAGAACGAUGCUACUUUUUUAUCGUAGCUAUUCAACCACUAGCAAGAAAAACUCACAAUCAAGAGACCUGUCGAACUCUGUGUAAUACUUGUAUUAGUUUCUUGCUAGACGAGCCCUAUGAUGAUAUAGCAUUAACUCCAUGGAGCGAAGUAUCAAAGGGGUGGAGUACCAAAAUUGGCAAUGUAGUCGCAGGAUUAAAAGAGCAGUGCUCACGGGCAAAAGUUAGACUGUCAGCUUUGAAACAGAUUUACUCCUUGCUCCAAGAACCAAGUGAAGUUAAAGAUGCUAACGGAGAAAACUUAAAACUACUUAAUUGUGUGUACGAACAGUAUCUAUGCGGCUGUUUUGGAUUCACGAGUGACUCUUCAUCGUGUAUUACACAUUUACACCAUUAUUAUCAUUCUAUCAAAACUGCACCAACAGUAAUUAAGAAAGAAAUUCGGUUGGUUGUCCAUGAAAUAUACUCUCUUCUUGUCAAAUCCUUGGAGGCCGGCAUGCAGUAUUUGAUGUUCUAUUCGCUGGACGAUUCUAAAGAAGUGCAAUUGCAGGUGCUAACUGUUUUUGCUUUAAGCAUGCACUACUCGGCGGAAGAUGUUGUUCAUGCAGUUAAGUGUGGUAUUUUGCCUCUAAUCCUAGAACUUUCAAAUUAUGUCUUUUGCCUGGAUCACCAGUCUGUGCUCGUGCAAAGCUCAUCUCAACUUUUGCGAAUCAUUUCUACAGCUUGUAGUAUGUUUGCUGAUGAAUUGGACACAACAACCAAGAAGAAGAUUGUUGAACACUUUGAAACUCUCCUUGCGUUGACUUCUCCUGAAUUGAUCAGUGAAGAGGAUUGUCAGCCCUACAAGGAUGAAAACUUUGCCCUUCCGUGUAGUAACUCAGGCCUCUUGAUUGGAUUAUGCAGCAAUUUCUAUCCAGCCAACGUAGAUGAGAAAAAUUUAGGAGAGUUCCUCUCUUUCUUGAAGAAAAUUCUGAAGAACAAAUCAAUGCUUACAUUUUUUGCAACUCCGAAGUGGAUCCAUGGGCUUGUGAAUAUAUUAAGCAUGUCACCUUUCAAUCUACCGAAGGUUGAGGCUCUGCGACCCAAGCUUUUGGCAAUAGACCUCUUGUCUAUCAUAUUACCUUUUUCUGGGGAGGACUUUUGCCGUGAGAAAAUCAUAGACAAACUUCUAACUGAACUGUCUGCUAACUUGUGGAUCAUACCUGAGAGCGUCUCUUCUCAGACAGCAUUGAAACGUGAAAUGGAGCUUGAUAAGGAGCUAGAAAAAUUGUCCUCACCCAAUGGGCUCUUAACUUUUAACGAAGAUAAUAUUCCUAUUUUAGACAUAGCUUUUGAUGCAGAUAAGUGCCUAAGUUGCAAUGUUGAAUCAAAUCAAACACUUGUCCACUGCACAGGAGGUAGAGGCUAUGGAUUAACCAAUGUUUCCUUUUCGUCAGGAUGCUAUUCCUGGAAGUUUCUAAUUGUUAAAGAGCACAAAGGCAAUGAGGGGACUUGUGUAGGUAUAUCAAAAUGGCCAGUAAAAGACUUCAAUCAUCGUACAACAACUGAUAUGUGGUUGUACCGUGCGUACAGUGGACAUCUUUAUCACGGUGGAGAGUUGGCUUUUACCCUGCCAAGCUUUACUCAAGGAGAUUACAUUGUUGCUGUGCUGGACAUGGAUGCCAAAACUCUUAGCUUUGGGAAAAAUGGUGCGGAGCCAAUUUUAGCCUUUGUAGAUAUCGACACAACAGCUGAACUUCAUCCAUGCGUCAUUUUCUAUUCAACAAAUCCUGGUGAAAAGGUGAAACUCACGGAUAUGCAAGUAAGAGGCUCACCAUUGGAACUAUCAGCCGGAGAUCCCCAGUGUGCGCCAACCCCAGUUCUCAUGGUGGAAGCGUACAUAUCUCUCAUUCGCUCCCUGCAUGAAUGCGACUCCUGGACCCAGUGCAUUAACAACAGUCUUGUAGAGCGUUUAAAUAAAGUGAAAGAGACUCUGGCUGAAGAAAAAUUGGACAGAGGCGUAAGGACAGAACCUGAUGUAUCUGAACUUGAGGGAGAAAAGAGCGAAAAGCAGAGGGACAUCAACUUAUCAAAGUUAUGUAAAGAUGUCUGGCCUGCACUGGCUGUGAUCGGAGAUGUUGACAGAGGUCUCAGAGUCGGUGGUAAGUGCAUUCACAAGUCCAGUAAACGAACUGGAACCAUCCUUGGAACUGUGAAACAAGGCAUUUUGACAGUCAACGUCCUGUGGGAUGAACCAGAGGGUGGGGUAACUGAUGUUCCUUUUAAUUAUCUGGAGCCUGUUCCGUGCAAUCCUUUUAACAUCCAUAAAUUCCCGAAGCUUACUGCAGAAACGUUGCUGGAUCUUGCGAAAAUAAGUGGUCUGACAAAUGAAGUACCUCUGCCUACCUGUGAUAUUGACCCUGAGGAACUUGAAUUGUUGAACAAGACAACAGAUGUAACGAAGACUGCUAAAUCUCCGCUACCUAUUCAGAAAUCUGUGGAGAGGCUCAGUGCUCAAAUGGUAACCAACAUAAUUGAUGAAGUCACGCAGCAACGCGGCAAUUUCGUCGAUCUGCUUCGAUCGCCUGCCCCAGCUGCUCUUCCUCAGCCAUGCAGUGAAGAGUUAGUCAAAAAGUCAGUCGCUGUUAAGUCUGCAGAAUUAAAGCUUUUAGAAUACGAAGAUAAAUUGAUAAAAUUUUCAUUUCUACAGACAGCAGCUAUGAAAACAUUAACAAUUUUAAUCAACUCUAACCUAUUGGCAGAACUACUGUUAGUACCGAAAUUAGGUGUUCAUGUUGAAAAAGACACAGCCCAGCCACUGGAGCCAUCAGAAAAAGAAAGUUCCUCAGAUGCUCUUCUGAAAGAUGCUUUGAAAACGAUUUUCCAAUGUAUCACUGAAAAAAGUAUAGAGCCGUGCUCUAUUAGAAAUUUAGUUCCUUUAAGCGAGUUGGAACGCGUGUUUAGUAUUUUGCACAGCACUCAUGUCAAAGUUAAAGUUGAAAAAAUGCACCGUAUCAGCGAGUUGGAGUCCCGCAUCAAAGUUCUGAGGCAGAGUAACUCGUCAACAAUUUUUGAGUCUGCUUUAUCAUCAAAUUCAUCCAGCUACAAUCUACCCAGUUCUUCCAAAUCUCGUGGCAGAGGUCAUUUUUUUAGUCACCAAAACGCACCGCCAAGUGUUGCACAAACCCCUGCCUCAUUGACAAAAAUGGCUAAAAUGCGGGGCAAUCCUCUGUUACACUAUUUAUUCAAUCAUCCAAUUGCCGCAAAUCUACCCAAGCCUAUUAUUCCUCACUUGCAAGAAAUGGGAUUCUCUCUGAAACACAUCAUGAAAGCAGCCUACGCACUGAGAAACAGCCUCAGCAUCUCAGUCUCUGUGUCUCAGUCGCCAGCCAAAAUCAUCAGUAAGCUUGCUACAUGGAUGAUCGAGCAUCCUUUAACAGAACUUGAAGCCCAAAGCUCAACAGCAACAAACGCCAGAGCCUCUAGUGCAGAGCCAGAAACCAUGUACAAUGACUUCUUCGACAAUAAUCCUCCCGAUAGUAGCGUUCGCUCAGUCUUAAGUGCAUAUGCCAAAGCAAGAAAUGAAUUAACCUCAGAAUUGUGGACUUUCCUCCAGUCUGAGAGAAACACAGAAAGAGAAAGAGAACAAGUCUGUGGUAAUGAACAACCUUUGUACUCGCAAGUCGGUUCUAGCUUCAUAGACUCACCCACCACUAGCGGACUGGACAAUCUCAAUAAACUUGAUGUACGGUCUUUGGUGUGUCUCCUUUGCUCUGAAACAUUUCCUACCUUGUCGCUGCUAAAAGAACACUUUUUGACUCUACACCAAGGAUGCAACAUGCCUCUAGGUCUAUCAAGAUGCGGGAAAAUAGUAUGCAAUUGGUAUACUCUUUGCAAAAGCUGUCGGAUCAAAUACAGUGGCAGCCUUUACGAUCUUCUCUCCGAUGACAGUGUCGAAGCGCAAGAAAUGUCAGGGGCUAAUUUAGAAAAUGUACCAGAUGGGCAUAAUUUGGACGAAGCCAUCUCGAAGGUGUCCCUUUCUGUCCCUGAGGUGAUUCUGUUCAAAGGCCCUGAUGAGCUUGGUGCCAAAUCGGUAGCUACAGUUCCAGAAUCUUGGGGUCAAGGCUCAACAACCAGUCAUGAAAAUCAAUCCUCUGCAACAUAUGCCGACAAACACAAAUCGCUCGGGGAGCAGGCUGCCCUCUUGUCAACAAUGACCAAAGAUCGAGUUGCAGUUUUGAAGAAAAUGUUAAAAAUUCUUCUCAUUUCUCUCUCAAGGACUGCAAUAAUGAAUAUCCUCUCAUAUCUCUCUGUCAGUUGCUCAACAUGCAAUUUAGCGGAUGGCCUGAAAUCAAUAGGACUGUCUGAUGUCAGGAAGGUCAUUCGUUUGAUGAGUCUGUUAGCUUUGGGGCGAAUCGAGCUGUCACCUGUCUCAGAAUCCAGCACUGCUAAGUCAUUCAAUCCAGUCUCAUCAGUCAUAUUUAAAACUGUAUCAACAACUAGUAGUUCACUAAAAGUCUCCUCGUCUUAUUUGGGACACUUAUCGAACGCUAUCGCUGCUUUAGCACAGUCAGACCCUGAUGCCUCCAAGAUGAUCGUCUCUAUGUGCGCUCAAGAUUUGCUGAAUGUUGCAUCUGGUGGCGCUGAGAUUACCUUUAAAGUUACACAGGCUCUUGUCUCGCUGUUGACGUCACAUGGUGGUCAUUCACUCAGUGACAGUGAGGAGAAAGUACCUCUGAGUCCAACAGACAAACAUGUUGGACCUCUGCUCCUUCCCAAUGCGCUUGCCAUGUGCAUUCUCUCCCAGCGCUUGAGUCCUGACCACCGACAGUGGGCUGCAGUGCAGUUGGUCAAAUGCAUCGGCAACAAAUCAGUUUCCGGCUCCAAUUAUUUCUCUGAAUCGCUGAACUUGGUUGAUUUGUGUGGAGCUAUCGACAGUUGUGAUGUGCGCCCAUUGCAAGGGCAUGACAAUCGAGUAAGUUGUGUUUUAUACCACGAAAGUCGGAAUCUGAUGGCAACGUGUGGCUACGAUAGCACGGUCCGAGUCUGGAGUUUCCCAAAUCCGAGUUUAGAACGUACGCUUGUCUUCUACAAGUCAGACAACCAUUACGGCAGUGAGUUGCAUGGUGAGCAAGUAUGUUGUCUCAGCUGGUCGCCCUCCGGAGACUACAUCGCAGCAUCCAUGGAGAAUACCAUCAACAUUUGGCACCUACCAGAAACUUGGAAGUUUGGUGAAAAUAGUCUCAUAGAUAUCCACGAGACAUGGAUCACAGCUCUUUGCUGGCCACGAGAAUGUUCAUCCUCAUCUGAUGAAUCGCUCAUUGUAGGAAGAGCCAAUGGUUCACUGGCUUACAUUUCCGUGUCUUGUGGAUCUUUCAGUAAAAGUGACUUACCCCAGUUGACGCAACAAGGUGCGUCAGUCACUCACAUCUCAUGGUUCUCAGAUGAGCAGCACUUUGCUGUGGCUUUCAGUGAUGGAACAGUCAAGUUUGCUCAGAAACAGAACAAUUUUGAACCGAUUUCAAUUAUGGCACAUCAGAGUGCCAUAUCUUGCUUCCAAUGGUGUCCUGACGGUGUCUUGCUGGCAACAUGCGGGACAGAUGACCGUUGUUGCCGCCUUUGGAAGAAACAACAAGACAAGGAUGAGUGGCAUUGUGUCCAUUCUCUUGUCAGCUCACAGGACCCUACUUCAUUGACCUGGUCGCCAGUUGUCGGGCGACCGUAUCCCUAUGUAUUAUGCAUCGGGACUGUUAUGGGUUUAAUAAACAUAUGGCUUGUACCAGAUCAUCCUAGUUCUUGUGAAGAGGCAUUGAAUCAAGAAAUCUUGCCCAUCAAAUUACUGCAUAGCGUUCAGGGUCAUCUAUAUAAUCCUGUAAUUUCGCUUCUUGUGGAUCACACUGGCGAACUGCUGGCAUCAGGCUGUCAGAAAGGCCCCAGUGGUGUUGUUUACAUCUGGUCUUUGCAGGAUGGCACCCUUCUCAAUACUCAUACCGGCUCAGGUGGAGUUCAAAGUCUUGCGUGGCUAGCAGACUACGGACUUGCAGCUUGUUUCGCACGUUCAAAAGAUAUCAAUCUAGUCGAGUUCAAUACUCACAAUUACCACAAUGACCGAGUUCUAGCAGCAUGUCGAAAUGCAUUGUUGAAGCAGGACAUUUACGGCCUUGACUCAGCUCCAUGUUUGCGGAAACUGUUCCAAAAUUUGCCAUCGAUUAUUCUUCAACAGUAUCAGUAUGAGAAGCCACAUGUUGUGAACGGAGAGCAACUUGUAUUCAGCGACUAUUUGAAGUGCCUUGUGACAUUAGCCUUGUCAUUACACCUGGAAAACAUUCUUUGCUCUCCAGAAUCACCACCAAAUGAUUUUAACGGGGAUAUCAAUCCGGACUGGGCAUGGUUGCACACGUUGAGUGUCGCAUCAGAAACUGCGGAUGCUCUCGUUAAUCGAACUCCAUUCCCAUCUGCAUUUCUCAGGCACAAAGUAGACAUAGCAAAUUCCGAGGAAGAUUGGCAAAUGGCAAUCAACAAUGAGAACUGGAGCCUGGAAGCGGACACGCAGCUGAUGUGCUGGGCAAAAACGAUGCCUCAAGACUGGCAAAUUGGUGGCAAGUGUGACACCUAUAUGUGGGGCUCUGGUCGCUAUGGGCAGUUAGCAGAAGCCGGAAGUUGGAUCGUGCCAUUUUUAGUGGAGUCUUUUUCUAAUGCUCAACAAGUAAUUUGUGGCUUAAAUUGCACGUUCGUGAUCGAGCCGAAUGGAACGGUUCUGUCUUGCGGAGAGGGAAGUUACGGACGGCUGGGGCAAGGCCACUCAGACGAUCUGCAUACUCUCAGUAUCAUAUCUGCACUUCAAGGUUUUGUCAUUAUUGAGUUGGCAACUUCUUGCGGAAGUGAUGGACACAGCUUAGCCCUGGCUGAAAGUGGCGAAGUUUUCUCUUGGGGAGAUGGUGAUUAUGGAAAGUUGGGCCAUGGUAAUAGCGAUCGACAAAGAAGACCUCGUCAGAUUGAAGCUCUCCAAGGAGAAGACGUUAUUCAGGUUGCAUGUGGGUUCAAGCACAGUGCAGUAGUAACUGCCGAUGGGAAACUCUUCACUUUCGGCAACAGUGACUAUGGCCGUCUGGGGCAUGGCUCAUCAACCAACAAGAAUGUUCCAGAGUGGGUCUUAUCCUUGCUACAUGUUCAAGUUGAGCAAGUUUCUUGUGGCCUAAACCAUACUGCAUGUGUUGCCAAAGGCGGCAACCGAGUAUACACUUUUGGUGAUGGCGAAUACGGGAAAUUAGGUCUGGGGCAUACCACUACAAAGUCCACACCUCAGCUGGUUGAGGCCCUUGCAGAAGAAGAGAUAAAGAAAGUUUGCUGUGGAACCCAGUUCACAGUGUUUUUAACAACUGAUGGGCGGAUAUUCACUUGUGGUAUGGAUAAACUUUGCGGACUUCCAGAGAACAGAAUCAAAGGAGACUGCAAACCUCAGCAAAUUACAUCUCUAAGCGGUCAUUUCUUUGAAGAUGUUGUCGUUGGAUCAGAACAUGCAUUGGCUCUUACAAGCAAUGGUGAAGUUUUUGCAUGGGGAAAUAAUUCUGAUGCUCAACUUGGUCUGGCAACAACUGCUCUAAUUCGAGAACCACUUCAGAUUACUGAUCUCAAAAAUAAGAAUAUCAAACAGAUUUCUACGGGGCGAGCCCACAGUGCGGCAUGGACAGCUCCACCAUUGCCGAAAAGACAUGGUCUUUCAACAAAGCUCCGAUUUGGUCUUCCUCCGUCCAUUCCUAGUCAAUUUGGUUCUUUGCAAAAUUUAUCCCUGAGUGCCAUUCAAACGAGGCUUAAGCUACUCUUUCAUUUCUCAGAUUCAAUGUACUCAUGUUGGCGACUUCUUGCUCUCUCAUCCUCAGAGUGUGAUUGGUGCAAUAUUUUACCCUAUCGAUGGUUGAUGUCCCCUCAUCUGCGUGCAUUGCUGGCUCCACGAGUCUACACGUUACCUCUAGUCCGUUGUUUAGGACGCACAAUGGUCCAAGGCCGAAAUUAUGGUCCUCCAGUCACGGUGAGAAGGUUGGCCACGCGCGGCAAACAGCGCACAACGAAACCGAUUUUCACACAGAUUGCAGCACAAGUUAUCAGAAUGAAACCAGCUGACCUGCGAUUACCAUCCAGGGCUUGGAAGGUCAAACUAAUUGGUGAAGGUGCAGAUGAUGCUGGUGGUGUAUUUGACGAUACUAUUACGGAAAUGUGCAAUGAACUUCUCUCGUUUACGGUUCCUCUCUUAAUUCCUACUCCGAAUAAGACAUCUGAAACUGGUUACAAUCAGGAUAGAUAUUUGAUCAAUCCUCAGCUCAAAAAUCUCGACUGGUUCAAAUUUCUAGGAAUCUUGUUUGGAGUUGCAAUACGGACUAAAAAACCCCUAGCUCUACCUCUGUCACCUUUCAUUUGGAAGUUGAUUGUUAACGAACCAGUAUCAAUGGCGGAUAUUGAAGAAAACGACACACUGUAUGCUCAAAGUCUAAGAGGCAUUAGAGACAUCCACUUAUCAGGAGUCACAGAGGAAAAUUUCCAUGAGGUAAUUCCACUAGAAUGUUUUGAAGGCGUUAGUUGGACAGGUCAGCUUCUCCCAAUAGUUGCAGCUGGUCGAAGCAUCCCUCUAACCUUCCGUAAUAGGUUACAGUAUGUAGAGCAGGCUGUGCAAUUCCGUCUACAUGAAAUGGACCUCCAAAUAGCAGCCAUUCGGGAGGGCAUGUCAUGGAUCAUUCCUGUCCCACUACUUUCUCUCAUCACUUGCACUCACAUUGAACAGCUAGUCUGUGGUCUGCCGCAUAUCUCAAUCCAUUUACUGAAAAAAAUUGUCAGAUAUCGGGACCUCGAUGAAACAAACAUUCUAGUUCAGUGGCUAUGGCAAGUGCUAGAAAGUUUCUCAGAUAUGGAGCGGGUUCUGUUUAUGCGCUUUGUCUCAGGACGUUCUCGACUUCCUGCCAACAUGGCUGAUUUAUCCCAGAGAUUCCAGAUUGUGAAAGUAGACCGUGCCUGCGAUGGUCUGCCUACCGCUCAAACUUGUUUUUUCCAACUAAGGUUACCACCAUACUCGAGUCCAGACAUUCUUGCAGAGAAAUUGCGUUAUGCUAUCAAUAAUUGUCGAUGCAUCGAUAUGGACAAUUACAUGCUAACAAGGAAUGCCGAUCAGGGCUCUGAUGAAGAAUAUUAAUGUGAAAUUUCUCUCUCCUCCCAUUUUUUUACUCAACAAUGAGACUGAUUUUUAUCAUGACUCGGAUAUUUGUCUUGUUUUUUUGUUGUUUAAUCUUGACAAAGUCUUCUUAUUUUAUUCUGCGGCUGUUGAAAUUUUGUUUCGCUCUGGGAAACCAGAGGAUUUGAUAGAUUUUUAUAAAAAAGUUUUGUUCAUGUUUUCUCCUUAUCUGUGAAAAUAUCAUUGUUUCGAUAAUAAUGAUUUUAUGCUAUAUUUUGUUAAAUAUAUGUCUGUUCAUAUUUGUUA